AUGGAGUCUCUCCUGGCUGACGUGGUCGCGGCGCUCGCUGCCUUGGCGGCCGCAGCCCUGAGCCUGAUUACUAUUGUUGCCCAUGUAACUGCCACCAAAAUGCCAAAUUUUCAUCGCCAUGAAGAAGAGAAGUUCUUUGUAAAUGCUGAAGGGAAGAAGGAAUCUAUACCAAGCAUACAUGACCCUCCUACAAAGGAGCUCUCUGUUGUUGUGCCUUCGUACAAUGAGGAAGACAGGUUGCCUCUUAUGAUGGAUGAAGCUUUAGACUAUCUUGAAAAAAGACAGAAACGAGAUCCUGCGUUCACUUAUGAAGUAAUAGUUGUUGAUGAUGGCAGUAAAGAUCAGACCGCAAAGGUUGCAAUGAAGUACUGCAAGAAAUAUGGAAGUGACAAAGUACGAGUCCUAACAUUGGUAAAAAAUCGGGGAAAAGGUGGAGCUGUCAGAAUGGGUGUCUUCAGCUGUCGAGGGGGAAAAAUCCUUAUGGCUGAUGCAGAUGGAGCCACAAAGUUUGCAGAUAUUGAAAAAGUAGAAGAGGGUCUUAGAAAUCUCCAGCCAUGGCCAAACCAGAUGGCUAUUGCCUGUGGCUCUCGAGCCCAUUUGGAACAGGACUCAAUAGCACAGCGCUCUUACUUCCGAACUCUUCUCAUGUAUGGGUUCCACUUCCUAGUAUGGUUCCUCUGUGUCAAGGAAAUCAGGGACACACAAUGUGGGUUUAAACUGUUCACCAGAGAAGCGGCCUCACGGACUUUCUCAGCUCUUCAUAUAGAACGCUGGGCAUUUGAUGUGGAACUUCUUUACAUAGCUCAGCGCUUGAAAAUACCAAUAGCAGAGGUUGCUGUCAACUGGACUGAAAUUGAUGGUUCGAAGCUGGUUCCCUUUUGGAGCUGGCUGCAGAUGGGCAGGGAUCUUCUUUUUAUACGACUGAGAUAUUUAACUGGUGCCUGGCGUCUCGAAACAAGCAAAUCUAAUUAGGUUAUUUACAUUCUCCAAAUGCAUUAUUACACAUAAUGGAGCAUGAGAACUAUUUCAGUGAACUAAAAUGUUGAAGAAAGAUGAGGUAACUCUUCAUUGCUGCUGUUACGUACUGCAUUUUUGCAAUAUACGUAUAUUUUAUAAAAUUGCCAAUAGUCAAAUGUUUCUAUAAUCUGAAAGAAAAAGCAUCUUUAAAAGACAUAUGUUUUGAUCCCAGCAUCUGUUUUUUCUUUUGUUCUGUAGCAGCUUUAAAGGUUCUUGCAUAAAUUCACCCAGAUUAAAUAAACAAAUCUGCUUUUGUCUCACUGUGCACUUGGAAUUCCCGUUGAUGCACAUUAAAUGGAGCCCAUAUCCCAUGAUGUGCAAUAUUGUGGAUGACCAAAGCUCUUUUUGUUUCUGUGUAUUGAAACACACAAAUACAUUGUGAUUUGGAACUGGUAAUAGUGGUAUUA